AUGGCAGUUAUCAAGAAGCUGGGAGAAGGAGAGACAGGAACAGUCUUUCAAGUCAGUGAUCCCUUGGGUCACCAGGUCAUCAUGGCCAUGUAUCCUCAGUAUCUGGACAUGAGCCUAAAGUACGUCUUGGAGAGCAACCGUAUCGGCAAACUGACCGAAGAUGAGGCUCGCGGCCUUUUCGCCCAGGUUGCAAAGGUGUUGGCAUACAUGCACUCGAAAGAUAUGGUCCACGGCUGUUUGCAGCCUUCAAGCAUCCUCCUGAGGGAAGACGACGCGAUUAUGCUGAACGAUUUCGGCCUCGCCAAGCAGUACAGCAGAGAUAUGGGUUUGUGUGACAGCUGGGGCACCCUGGCUUACAUGCCACCAGAGCGCCACACACCCCCUCGCCGUUACGGGAAGGCAGCAGAUGCUUGGGCCUUCGGCGUCCUGGUCUACCGGACCCUUAUCGGGAAGAAGCCAACGUUCACGAAGAAGACCCAUUAUGCGGUUCUCGGUAAAGAGAUCGAUACCCUCUCAAAAGAGUUCCAGAACCUGCUGCGGGCACUCCUGUCACCCGACCCCAACAGGGCCUUGAAUCUCCGCCGGCAUUUGUCUGGAAAGAAGCGAUCUGACGACAAGCAGGACCAGGACGAAGGCGCCAAGACCAAGAGAAGAAGGAACAAGAAGAACGCUGCCAAGGCUGCUGCCGCUGCACCUGGAAAUCCCUCAGCGACAUGGAGCACUACGGAGGAAUUCAUUAAUCUCCUUGUGACUCCUCCAGACCAGGCCGGGCCUUCCUCCAGCGCCGCCAACCACGUCUAA